CCUGCCGCUCGCGCUCGGCCAUGGCGGAGGCCUCAGUUGGCCGGCAGAGCCCGAGGGUGGUCCCAUACCCAGCCCGCAGCCUAUGUCCUGGAGAGCCCGCCCUUCAGAGUGCAGCAGUUGUGUCAAUGGGCUCAGCUGAUCAUCGACUGAACCUGGCAGAGAUCCUUUCACAGAACUACGGUGUACGGGAAGAAAGGGAAGAAGAUGAUACUCAGGAGAAGCAGAAAUCUUUAGAAGAGCUGGAAAAGAGUUUCAGUGCCUCUCAGAGCAGUGAAAUGCCAUUUGAGGAGCUGCUUGCACUGUAUGGCUAUGAGGCAUCUGAUCCCAUCUCUGAGCAGGACAGUGAGAGCAAUGACAUCACUCCAAAUCUCCCUGAUAUGACCCUGGAUAAGGAACAAAUAGCGAAGGAUUUGCUUUCAGGGGAAGAAGAGGAGGAGACACAGUCUUCAGCUGACGAUCUGACUCCAUCCGUCACGUCCCACGAUGCGUCAGACUUAUUCCCAAACCAGCCUGGCUCAAACAACUUCCUUGCUGAUGAAGACAAAGAGCCCUGUUCAUCUCCAUGUGCUUCCUCUAUGGCUGAGGAUUCAGAGGUGGAUUCCAUCCCAUCCAACGAGUGUAAGAAGGAGAUCAUGGUUGGACCUCAGUAUCAGGCCACUGUUCCCAUCCUCCGCUUAAACAGGCACAGGCAAAAAGUGCUUUUUCUGUUAGCCUAUGAGAAUGAAGAUCAGCUGCUUUGGGACCCAAACAUCCUCCCUGAGAGAGAGGUUGAAGAGUUCCUGUACCGCGCUGUGAAGCGGCAGUGGGACGAGCUGUCCAGCAGCAGCCUGCCAGAAGGAGAGGUGGUAAAGGACAAUGAACAGGCUUUGUACGAGCUGGUGAAAUGCAACUUCAACGCAGAAGAGGCACUACGGAGGUUACGGUUCAACGUGAAGGUUAUCAGAGGUGAGAACCACCCUUAUUUGGGUUCUACCCCAGACAUCAACGCACAACUCUUUCUAGAUUCUGUACAUCUCCAAUUCCUCUUUCUCUCUGCUAUAGAUGAGCUUUGUGCCUGGAGUGAGGAAGAAUGUAGAAAUUUUGAACAUGGCUUUAGGGUCCAUGGGAAAAACUUUCACCUUAUCCAAGCAAACAAGGUCCGCACCCGGUCAGUGGGCGAGUGUGUGGAGUAUUAUUAUAUGUGGAAAAAAUCAGAGCGCUAUGACUACUUCACUCAGCAGACUCGUUUAGGAAGGAAGAAGUACGUCCUCCACCCUGGAGCCACGGAUUUCACUGACAAUGACCUGGAUGGGGUUGAAGUAGAAAACACCAGUCGUUCCCGGAGCUCCCCACCAAUUCCCUCUGCAACUGGCUGUCUGAAUGCUCACUUUGGUCAAGAUCAGAUAGCAAUAGAGAGCACAGAGCCCCUGAGCGUGGAGAGCACAGCCUGCAGCCUGGGCAGCAUCAGUGAGUCGGGGCAGGGCUAUGAGUGCAGCACCCCCUCAGAGACGAAUUGCUCCUUUGACCCCGCAGAGGAGACAUCCUCAGGCGGUGUCUCAGCGUCCUGCCAACGACACACUGUCCCCCACUCCGAGCCGGAGCUCUUUGCUUUGCCGCCGGCAGGACUGUCAGAGAAGCAGGAGACGUUGCAGAGCUCCGGUGAGACGAUAACUAUGGACUUCACUCUCCCUGCAGACAUUAACGAGGGGUUGCCUUUAAUUGCUGGCCCUGUGAAUUUGGACAGAGACCCAGAGGCAGUGGUAGCCCCUGCGCAAGUGUCCUUAUCGGUCACAGAUUUUGGUCUCAUUGGCAUCGGAGAUGUAAAUAGUUUCCUGACUGCUCAUCAGGCUUGCCCGGCACCUGUGGCUCAGUCAGAGCCUCUGUCACAGUGAGAGUCUCCAGUCACAAAUUUGUCACAAACCCAGCAAGGACUUUGACCUGACUGAGUGAAAUCCUGGAACUUCCACUGUCCUGUAGGGACAGUUUGGAGCUGUUGGUCAGAAUCCGUCUUUCCAUCCUCCGUGAUCCAAGGCUACAGUGAAACCAAACACCUUUCUGCUCCAGUGUAUCCUGACACAAUCACACAAAGUGGUGGCUGAGGGGGGAGGUCCAUCACCCCCUCUUCUGUUGACCAUGUGUCACCCCAGGUGACGCCAGGCUGCUCAGAGAGUCCUUGCCUCAGGACAGGGGAAGUGUCCCUUGGCCCCAGUGGGACAGUCUGAGAGCGGAGAUGCUUUGAGAACUGUGCUUUGAAACAUGACAGGACUGUGUCUCUGUCAUGUUGAGGAUGCAGUUUAGGGGUCCAAGAGCUUGGGAGGUCUGCAGGAAGCACAGCCUGCCCAGGCCGCCGGGCAGUUCACUGCAGAGACGGGCAUGGCAAUGCCAAGGGAAGCCAAGGAGUGUCUUGGCCCUUCUCCCACAGGCAGUGUGUUACAGUAGGAGUCACUUACUCCAGUCUUCUCCCAACAGCUAUGGAUCAUGACAGGCAGAAGCACUGCUGCUUCCAGCUUCAGGCAGCUGUGUGUUUCUGGCACCCACUCUCCAUCAACUGCAGGUGGGUCAUGGUCUGGUCCAACCCUUGGGCUGAAGCAUCAGGUCUUGGGAAGGGAUGCUGUGUGGUACAGCAGCAUUGUGUGCACUUGAGUCCUUCUCACCUUCCUAUGCGGUGCUGGCCCAGGGAAAACUUCUAUGAUCAGAAAUAUGAGUUUUUAGAGCUGCAGAGUGAUGCUGGCUCAGAGCACUGUGGUGCUGCCACUUCUGCUACUGGGGGGGAAUGACCUGAUCCUCACCUACUCACAGUGCAAGAGGGUAAAAUGCAAAUGAAAAUUUCUGUAACUUCCCAGUUUGUUUCAACAAUUUGUCAGCAGAGGGAGGAGGUUGCUUAGCUCCCGGAGUGCAAAACCUGGGACAUUGGUGCUAGCUCAGUCCCAGGCAGGGGAGCACACCAACCCUGGGCAUCUCUGCCCCUCCCUCACAAAACAGACUGUUUUCUGAGAGGAAAGCGUGUCUUUACUGCCAUGCUCAGGGAGGUGACAGGUAGCCCCGUCUGGUGGCAAGGUACUGCCUGCCGUGCAGAACCAUGGGGGCCUGUCCAUGGGUGUGCUGGGGUCCAGAGCUGCUUUGCUUCCCACAUGUUCCAGGUCUGGUGUUUGCCACUGGCUUAAAUCCAACGUGUUCUCAUUCCCCUUUUGCCAUGCUGAGAAUGCUCUCUGCCCACCUGCUGAGCAAGGCCCUCGUGCAGAUGGUCCCUUCCUCCAGCUGUGUUCUGCAGCUGGGAGGGAGCUUGGAUUGAGGGCUUUUGCUUGCUUUGGUAGAGGCCUUAGGGCUGUGACUGUGCACUUGGCUCUGCUGCCAGUGGAUUUGGCAGGUACCUAAACCCACAAGCCUGCAUCCUCCUUUUACCUGACCCUGGGAAGUUGUGCUCAGCCCUGCAGCCGGAGGACAGAGGCAGUAUGAAGCAGCCUUACGGGAUGGCAGGAUUAGACCUUGUCUCAUCUCCUAAGCCCCAGAUCUGUUCUGUGUGCAUUAGCAGGGGUUUGCUUCGGUCCCCAGCAUUCUGCUGGGAGGUGCUGAGCCUCAGGCACAAGCAGCUGCCUUCACCUGGCCAAAUGUGGUUGGGAGAGGCCUCCCCUCCAGCUGCUCCCAGUGCCCACUCCACAGUGGAACUGCCCAGGCUAUGAUUCCCCUUUUCUGGGGGUGAGAGGAAUCUCCUUGGCUGAAGGGAGAAGAAGAGGCAGGGUGAGAGUAUGGAUAGCCCUCCUAGGGAGGGCUAGGCCUUGGCAUCUCCUCCAUCAGUUGAGAACAUUCUUAGUUUUUCUGAAACCAUUUUUUCUUUUGGUUUGUUUCAAGCCCUAAUGAAAGGAGACGGGAACUGGAGAAGGCAGAAAUCUCUUUAUGUCUUUCAGUGUUGUUUACAGAUUUGCAUGGGGUCUUUCAACAUGCGUGUGGGCUUUUUCCACAUAACUUUGAGGCAGAGGGGUGGAAAAGGCUGGGACAGGGAAGGGGGAGUCACUGGGAGAGGAGGUUUGGUUUUGGUUUUUGUUGGGGUUUUCCUUUUCCGUCUUACAAAGCACAUUCACUUUGAGCCACUCCCAAUGCUGGACUCUUCUCCCUUGCCCCCCAGCCCUACACUGUGAAGUGACACUGCCUUGAUGACCCCUCGCCGUUAUUUAUUUAAUUAAAAACCUAAUUUGAAA